CUCUCUAAAAUCGUACUCUUCUCUCUCUAAACUCGUUGUAUAAACGAUCCUUUUUGUUCUCUUUCACUCUCUGCAUUUAUUCCAUCGUUAACCAGAGAUUCCUGUAACUGUCACCGGCAUUAUUCCAAAGAAGGAAGUGAUUACCAGACUUCAGGAGUUCGCGAUUUCCUUUUGUAAUGGCGGCGGUUUCUCAGACGGCGGUUCAUGCCUCUCCGGCUUCGCUCUAUGUUGGCGACCUUCAUCCUGAUGUCACUGAUGGUCAGCUCUUUGAUUCUUUCUCUGGAUUCAAGAGCCUCGCCUCUGUUCGUAUCUGUAGAGAUUCCGCCACUGGACGCUCUCUCUCUUAUGGCUACGUCAAUUUCAUGUCUCCGCAAGACGCAACCAACGCGAUGGAGGCAAUGAAUCACAGAAUGCUCAAUGGAAGAGCGAUUCGAGUCAUGUGGUCACACCGCGAUCAUGGUGCAAGAAAAAGUGGAAUUGGAAACGUGUUUGUUAAGAACUUGAGCGAUUCAAUCAAUGGUUUAGGACUUCAAGAGCUAUUUAAGAAAUUUGGAAAUGUUCUGUCCAGCAAAGUAGUCACAUCCGAUGAUGGGAAGAGCAAAGGAUACGGCUUUGUUCAAUUUGAGUCUGAGGAUUCCGCAAAAACUGCCAUAGAGUCACUGAAUGGUUUUACCAUUGGGGAUAAGCAGAUAUAUGUCGGAAAGUUUAUCUGUAAGAGUGAACGAGUCUUGGCCAAUCCUGAUUUUAAAUACACCAAUUUGUAUGUGAAAAAUCUUGACUCAGAAAUCGGGGAAGAGCAUUUGCAGGAAAAGUUUUCUGAGUUUGGAAAAAUUUCCAGCAUGAUUAUUUCAAGGGAUGAGAAUGGAAUGUCAAGAGGUUUUGGUUUUAUAAACUUUGUGAACUCUGAUGAUGCGAAACAGGCAUUAGAAGCACUUAAUGGAUCGCAACUGGGUUCUAAGCGUAUCUACAUUGCACGGGCACAGAAGAAGACAGAGCGUGAGGAAGUAUUACGUCGACGUGACGAAGAGAAAUGUAAAGAGCAGGUCUUAAAAUAUAAGGGCUCAAAUGUGUAUGUGAAGAACAUUGAUGAUGGUGUUACUGAUGAAGAACUAAGGGUGCUUUUCAGUCCUUGUGGGACCAUCACUUCAUCAAAACUUAUGCGAGAUGACAAGGGAAUAAACAAAGGGUUUGGAUUUGUCUGCUUCUCUAAUCCUGACGAAGCUAAAAGAGCCGUGAACAGUUUGCAAGGAUAUAUGUUCCACGGGAAGCCACUCUAUUUGGCUAUAGCACAAAGAAAAGAGGAUAGACAAAUGCAACUGAGGCUUCAGUUUGCACAACGGAUGGCAGCGAUGCUAGGGCAGUCAACACUUUUUCCGGGUGGAUACCCAGCACCAGGUGUUGUCCCACAAGUACCAUCUCGUUCAGGAUUGACGUUUCAGCCUUUAGGAAUGAGCCCUGCGUGGAGACCUAAUGCUUUUACAUCUCCUGCAAGACCUGCUUUUCAACCUACACCUGUACCUCUUAUUCCGAAUGCUUCGAGGCAACCGAGGCAAAACAGAGGCAAAAUAAAUGGACCAAUGCUUUCUCAUCAAAAUGGUGUCCAAUCUGUCUUUUAUAUGCACAAUUCACAAGAUGCCCAUCAACCAGGAGUUACUGAUAAAUCAUCCGGCAAUCUGCAGGUAAGCUAUUCUAUCAGUCAUAAACCAUCCAAAAAUGUAGUUAUCAUAUGGUGUCGCCCAUGUGAAAGAAACAAAACUUCUGGAGUCUCAGCUGCUGCUUUUAAUUCUGCUGUCCUUUCUUCCUCUCCCCCAGACCAACAAAAACAGAUCCUUGGGGAGCAUCUCUACCCCCUUGUCCAAAAAUGCAAGCCGGCUGCGAAGAUUACUGGGAUGCUUCUGGAGAUGAACAACUCGGAAUUACUGCUUCUGUUAGAGUCACCUGAAUCUCUAGUUGCCAAGGUUGAAGAAGCAGUGCAGGUGCUUAAGAUCUCAAAGAGUAAGCUGUCCAACCAAGACUCGCUCGAUUUCAUACCGGCUGAGCUUGCAGUCAGCGCAGCUAAAAGGGAACCAAAACUGCUCCAACUUUAAUUCACUUUCUCAGUGAAUUCUUUACCGGAGAAUAAAAUUUUUGAAUUUUUGAUACCGAACAUCGGCUGGCUGGUGGCCGAUUGACUACUUGAAUGGAAGAGAGUUCUUUACAGAUUUGGUAGUAGUUUUUUUGCCAUUUUAUUUUGAGCAACAUUUUAAUCUUCCCUUGUUUAGAAAACUACUAACCUUUAGUAGUCCAUUAGUACCCUUUUCUUUUGCCAGGAUCAGAAUGGAUGCUUAUUUCGAAACUAGAUUUGUUGAAUGGUGUUUUUCUAAUUUUCAAGCCUAUGUUUCUGUUAUUUAAUGGUUUUUUUUAUUUAUUUAUA